AUGCAAAGCCUCAGGAAGGGGAGAGAGACUGGCUCCCUUGCUUGCCUCCCUCCUCGUACCUGCCACACCAAGUCACCUCUACCGGCUACGUCGCCGGCUUCAAAAAGACAGCGAGACGGCAGCAUCUACGAGGGAGCAGGCUGUCCUAACAUGCGAGAGGACUUGAGCGACGAGGACGUGAAUCGCCUCAACAACGUGCGAAAGCAGAUAUGGGCGGCAGGAUAUACGGGCUUUUUCUUGGGCGGUGCCUGGGGCUUGGCCAAUUGCGUCAUCUAUAAAGCGUUACAAGCGAAAGCAGUCGAGCAUUUUCCGAAGCAAUCGGCCAUCAAGUCCUUGCCCGUCUUGCAAAACAAGCACUACGUCAUGUGCACGCUAGUGGCCGGGGCGACGGGGAUGUUUUUGGGUGCUGGCAUGGGGGGCAUCAGAGGAAACGAAGAUCUCCGAGACAUCUACGAUAGAAGAACCGGUGGGGGGCUGACGGAGCAGCAGGAAACGCCGGCAUUGCCGAGCCAUCUGCCGCGCGACGCCCCCGAACACCACGUCGCGAAGGCGUCCGCCGAUAGCCACGCCAGACGGAUGGAAGCGAUAAGAUUGAAGAGACAGCAAGACAAGGCAGAGCGUGACGGGACUUUCAAGUCGGGCAAGUUCAGAGCUUGGUAGUAGAAAACCUCGCAGCAGAGCAUCCUCAGAUUUUGUCCAGACUUCCGAGGCUUGGUGGUGCGCCUCUCGAGAGUGUGUGCGUGUUUGCGUUAGUCGUGAGUCUCCGUCGGGGCCGAGACACUUGCAGCGGCGUCUUUUUCGAGAAUUCUGUUCGUGGAAUGAGUUUCUUUUGGAGCGACGCAAGCUCUCCCUUGUUAUCAACUUGUAUUAGGCCACGUGUGCCGUUACCGUAGACACGUCGUUAUUUUCUGUUUGUGUCGGGUACAAAGUUGGUCCUAACGUUGGGCGUUCUCUUGUCCUCCAGGCGGCCUUGCGCGGGCUCUCGUGUAGUUUUGCAAUCACAAUGAUGGGCUGGGGCGGUUUUUCGCACAGCAACUCUGGCUAUGCCCAAACUUGGUAACGCUGGAGGGCGUGAUAUUUCUGAUACUGCUGUUCAAGCUUGGCAUUAUACCUAUUUUGUGUGUGCGUCCCUUCGUCGCGGGACGAUGGACUAAAAGCUUUCUAGUAGGACCGUUAAGGGUGUGGCAGUGCUUGAGUGCAAGUGGGGUGUGUGUGAUGUUUGUACACGACAGGUCAAUCGAAUGCAAGCGAACACCGCGCAGAGGUCCGGAAGCUUCCAUGUUAUGUGUAGGAAGAAGGUUGAGGGCAGAUGGAAUGUAUGUUGCCCCGCCCUCGGCAGUAUCGUACGGCUAUGUAUAUCUGUUGCCUUAUGAAUUCUGGCGUGGCAUAGAAUAUCCUUCAAUGAAAGGAAAUGAUUUUGAAAGUCA